ACAAGAUGCCUCCCAAGAAAGCUACCACCUCCACCGGCGCGCCCAAGAAGUCCGGCUCGAGCCACGCCUCUUACCGUGAUAUGAUUAAGGAUGCUAUCCUGAAUCUCAAAGAGCGUAACGGCAGUAGCCGCCAGUCCAUCAAGAAAUAUGUUCUGGCCAACAACAAGAUCGCUCUCGCCUCCACGGCCGCUUUUGACAGCCAGUUCAACAAGGCCAUCAAGGCUGGUGUUGAGAAGGGCGAGUUCACUCAACCCAAGGGCCCCUCCGGUCCCGUGAAGCUUGCCAAGAAGGAGGCCGCCCCUAAGCCUGCUAAGAAGGCGUCUGCUAAGACUGCUACCAAGAAGACUACCGCCAAGAAGAGCGAGAAGUCUGAGAAGGCCGAGAAGCCUGAGAAGACCGAGAAGACCGACAAGGCCGAGAAGCCCAAGUCCACCACCAAGAAGUCCACUGGUACCACCGCCACCAAGAAGUCGGUUGGCAGACCCAAGGCCAACACCGCCAAGCCUCGCAAGGCCUCGACUGCUGCCCCGGCCGUUGUCGAUCAACCAAAGGUCACCAGCACGACUAAGUCGGGCCGCGUGACCAAGACAACGGCCAAGCCUGCAGAGAAGAGCAAGAAGUCUACUACUACGGCGAAGAAGGAGAAGGCUUCCACCAACUAA